ACUUCCGGUCUUUACCGUUAUCACAACUUUUAUCAACAAAAAAGUUGCCAAUUAAUGGAUUAGGCGUUUUAAUUUGUGAUUUAUUUUAAUUACUAAAAAAUGAGGCUUCUUAAAUCGGAUUAGAACCAGCCAGACGAAGGAUUACACGUAUGACCUUGUUAGAGAACAAAUUCAUGUGAAAUUUUAUCAGUGAAAAAUGGCGACCAAAAUGUCGUUUAACUAUUUUCAGAGUCAGAAAUAUGGGGGAGGAACGCUUCCCCAGAGUUCUGGUAAAGACAUGGAAGUAUCACAAGAUCUUCAUCUUAAAAUGUCUAAAAAGAUAGCACAGUUAACAAAGGUCAUUUACGCUCUUAACACAAAGAACGAUGAACAUGAAGCCAUUGUUCAAAGUCUUAAAGACACACACGAAGAAGAAUUACAACAAUUAUUGGCAGACACAAAGAAAAAAAUCGCAAUUUAUCAAAGUAAAGUUGUGUCGGAAGUGGAUGGUAAGAAACGUAUCGAGUCUCUGGAGGCAUGUAUUGUACAGCAUCAACAGCGACAGGAACGGGCGUUGGGAGAGUUCGAAAACUUCAAACGGAAAGCGGAAGAGGAAUUAUGUAACGUCAAGAAAAGUCACGCAGAAAAAAUGUUAGAAAUAUCACAAGAUGUUUUAAUAGCUAAAAGAGAGUUCGCUGAAAAUGUUGAAAAAUUUGUAGAAUUUCAAAAACGUUUCGAAUCGGAGAAACAGCGAGCUAUUGAUGAACUUAAAAAGAAUCAUGAAGUAGAAUUAGAUUCUGUUCGUAACUUCCAGGGUUCACAAAACGAGCAAAUGGUACACGAAGUGUCGCGGCUCAAGGAGAAGCAUAGCGAAGAAAUUGACUCGUUAAGUGAAAAAUAUGAACUUUUGCAAGUAGAGAAAAAUAAAUCUGAAGAAGAUUAUGAACAGAAGUUACAAAAAGCUCAAGCAUUUUAUGAAAAUGAGCUGGAAGUGAUAAAACGAGAACAAUCCGCAUCACAGGAUAGUCUCGUACAAACUUUAAAAGAUCAACAAGAAAAAUUACGUAAAGACUUCUCAUCUCAAGAGGCGGAACUUAAAAAACAAAUUGACAGUUUGAUUCACCAAUUAGCUGAUAGCGAAGAAUGUGUAGAGAAACAUGGGAAUAGAAUUAGCCAAUUAGAAAGCUUGUUACAAGAUACUGAUAGUAAUUCACAAAAUCUGGUACAAAAGUUAAAAGAUUUAGAAGAAGAAUUAGCAACAUCAUUAAACCAACUGCAAGAUAAACAAAUAGAGUUGUCUUCCUUGAAUGAAAAAUAUUCUCAACAAAGCACAGAAUUAAGCCAGAAAUCCGGUUUAGUACAAGACUUAGAGGCCAGUUCCUUAAAACAAGGGGAGUUAAUCGAACAACUGAAUAAAAACAUCACAGAAUUAACCAAUAAAAUAGAGAAUUUAGAAUCGGAGAAGAAGAAUUAUUUUAGUCAACAAGAAAACUUGUCACAUCAACAAAUACAUCAACUUAAAUCAUUACAACAGUCUCUUGAUGAUUUGAAUAUCGAGAAGCAGACGAUGCAACAACGAUACGAACGGGAAAUACAGGGAUUGAAGGAACGUCAUAGUAACCGUGAAAGCGAACAGGAAGAGAGACAAGAAGCCAUGUUGAAAGAAUUACGAACAUCACUAGAAGAUAAACUCAGUAGAGAAAGAAAAGAAUUUGCCGAGAAACUUUCAGAAAUAAAACAGGAGGGAGAAAAUCGCCUAAAUGAAGAAACAAAGAGAUUGACUGGAGAAAAAGAAACUAUUUUAAAUGAGUUUGAACGAGUCAAAUCAGAAUUGUUUAUAAAAUUAAAAACAGCCGAAGAUGAGGUGAAGAGAUUAGAGAAUUCUGUAGAGAAUAGCCAGCAUGGUUUGGGUACAGCGUCCACACAUAUCACUAAUCUAAAAGAUGCUGCCUCUAAAUUAAAGUCUGAGUUGGAUAAUACACGGACCGAUUUAAAAACGGCCAAAAUAAACAGUGCCGCCUUACAGGCAGAGUUAGAUAAAGUACGAUUACAACAUGGCAGCCAGUUAUCUGAGUUAGAAUUAUCAUCGCAAGUUAAACUUGAAGCGCUGAAGACAGAACUUGAUAAUAACUGGGCAGAAACUCUCAAAAAUGAAACGAUGAAACUAAGGAAUCAGAUGGCUGAUCAAUUCGAGGGCGAGAAAAAUUCUGCAAUUCUACGGCUUACUGCUAGUCACGAGAAAGAGAUAACGAAAAUAAUAUCUGAAUGGGAGAUCCAAGUCAACUCACUGACACUACAGGUCACAGAUCUACAGAGAAGUGCCAAUAAAACGAGUUUAAAAUCCACGGAAGAAUUACAACAACUCCAGAAUGAAAUGGGAACUCUGGAAAAUCGUUUACGACAGGAAAUGAUGGACGCCAGUGAGGAGUACUCGAGGAAAAUAUCAGUGAUGGAAUCCGCACAAGAAGAUCAGUUGAAAUCUGUUAUACAACGAAAAGAUGAAGAGGCAGCUGAGCUUGAGAAAAAGUUACGAGAGAAAUAUGUUGAUGAUUUACAGAUUCAGUUAACGGCACAUCGCGCUGCUGUACAAAACAUACAGGAACAGGCAGAUAAACUUCGGCAUGACAGGGAGAUAACUCUCAUUAAACAACAUCAACAAGAUAUAGAUAAAUUACGUUUGGAAUUAUCUGAGAAGUUGGAGAACGAUCUGGAGGAGAGGAAGAGGAAACAUGAAAGUGAGAUGCAGGCAGCUAGAAUAGAACUAGAAAGAGCUGUAGAAUUAUCAAAACAAAAGGAUCGCAAUAACAAUCUACGUAUUGAAGAGUUACAAAAGGAGGUAGAAAAGAGAGAAAGAACAAUACGUAAUCUGGAAGAUGAAGUGAGAUCUUUGAAGAGAUCCAUCGAACAAUUAAAGAAAGACAUGAAACAACGGGAUCAAGACAUCAAACAAGUCAAACAUGAAGCAAAAAAUCAAAUCAAACAUUUGGAAGAAGAGUUCCGUCACGAAUAUCAACGUAAUGUUGAUAACUUGCAGUCGGAUCAUGUCCGUGAAGUAGAGGAGAUGGUAGCCCAAUUUAACCAGGCUCAAAGUUUAUUAAAAGAUAAAAUAUCUUCUAUACAGUUUGAAUUACAGGAAGCAGAAGAAAGAUACAGAAAUCGUGAAUCACGACCAGAAGACCUGGAACUUAUCAUGCAGUUACGAGACUCUAUAUCCGAGCGAGAAUUACGCGUCAAGGAAUUAAUUGAUGAGAAGAGAUUUUAUCAGUUAGAACUGGUGAAUAGAGAAACCAACUUUAAUAAAAUAUUCAACACAACUCAAAAUAUUGGAGUUUUAAAUCCACUAACGGCGAAGCCCAGAGGAAAGAAAGGUGAUAAAGCCCCGUUGAAACAUUCUAGUGCUCCUACCUUAUCACAACGUCUCGAUCCGUUGCCUAAUUCACCAUUACACGAUGCAAAACUCAAUCCUACAAAACCACUACCAUUGCCUUCAUUUAAUAAAAAAUUUGUCAAAUAGAAUUUUUACAUCAAACUGGUUUAAAUUAAACAGAAGCCAACAACCGCCUUAAUCAAUGUAAUUUUAUACAAUGUGAAUACAAAUCUGAUUAACAUACAGAUCUAUAUUUCGUCUCGUUUUUUUAUAGUUUCGAUGGCUUCCACUACAUUAAGAUCUGACCGUUUGUAGUGGGAGGUUGCGUCAGGGGUCGUACAAGCGUCUUUUGAACCUGCUUUAAUCUGUUUUCUAUUGCCGCGAAUGUCUACCCCAAGUUCCUUGUGCUAGAUGAGAAGAACUUGACUCAACACACAAUUUGAUUGGUUGCGUCAGGGGUCGUACAAGCGUCUUUUGAACCUAUGACAUUAGUUAUUCGAUUAAACAAUCAGCGUCUGUGUUUUAAGUAGGUAUUCAGAGAUGUAACUUUUGCUUUAAUCUGUUUUCUAUUGCCGCGAAUGUCUACCCCGAGUUCCUCGUGCUAGAUGAGAAGAACUUUGCUCAACACACAAUUUGAUUGGCUAAUCCCUCACAGCAACCAGAACUCGGGUUAUUUAACCCUAGUAGUGAAGACAAGUAAAACAGGGCCCUGUUUCUCGAAAUCUUAACUAAAGAUAAAAUCCAAAUUUUAGUAGAUACUUCAAUUUUGAUUGGCUAAGCACUAAAAUCAAUCUAAUAUUAUCCAAUCAAAUUGCUAAAAUUUGGAUUUUAUCUUAGUUAAAAUUUCGUGAAACAGACCCCUGGUUAUAUAACAAAUCUUCCAGAUCCUAGCUGGUAAAGACAAGUAAAAUGAAAUUAUGAAUUAUAAAAAAAACGAAUCAAAAUAGGAUCUGUAUUUUAAAUUUAAUCGGAUUAAAUAAAAAUUAUUCCAGUUCUCUUGAUACUGCGGCUUCACUUAAAAAGGGCUGUACAACCCUUUUUUUUAUUUUUUAAGGUUAAACCAUUAAUCAAUGAAACAUUUCCUUGGGUAAAGGGAUGUGACUAGUUAAAUCAGAAUAAUUUUUGGGACCGAUUGUCUGAAAACUACAAUAAUGUUUUGAACGAUUGUCUGAUUGUCUGAAAACUAGAAUAAUGUUUUGUUAUGGCCUAGAGAUUUUGCUAGUUUUGACUUUGAUCUGGUCAAAAAGAGAUCAGAUUUGAGAAAAUAGGUCAAAUCGGUCUCUUGUGUUAGUCUGAUUGCUUAUUUAUUGAAAUGCAUUAUAGAAAGAGCUGGAAAUAAAAUAGGUUCAUUGUCUUAUUUUACCUGAACAUGAAAGCCUUGUUUAUUAUUUAAAGGAAUGAAUGUGUUAUAGACUUUUAUGUAAAUGGUGGUUUUUGAAUUUUAGUAUCAAAGAUAGUAAAAAAAGGCAUAUUUAAAUGGUAUGAGCUAUACAUUUUACUGCUGUUUUAAUAGACAAAACGAUAUGUUGGAAUUUCUUGUUAUUUUGUGAUUUAUUUAUUUGUAUAUUUAUUGCAGAGUCAUUAUUUAAAGUUUCCGUCCCCUAAAAUAGCAUUACUAUAUAAUAUGUAAAUAUAAAGCAACUCCUUUUACAAUCAAAGAAAGAGAUAGAUAUAAUAAUUAAAGGAUAUGGAGGAAUUUCUUGUUAUUUUGUGAAUUUAUUUAUUUAUCUAUUUGUUAUGAGACACACACACACAGAGAGAGAGAGUUUAUUGUCCACUGACACAAACUAAGUCAAUUCGUGACUAAUUAUCUGUUAUGAUUAAGGGAUCAUGUAGGGUUAUUAUUUAAAGUUUCCUUCCCCUUAAAAGAGUUAAUUAUUUAAAUUUUUGCCUCCUGCUUCCUUGGGACAAAAAUGAAUUUA